UGAAAUAAUUAUUUUACUGACUAUUUUUGCCAAUUGUGUGGCCUUAGCAAUCUAUAUUCCCUUUCCAGAAGAUGACUCCAACGCCACCAACUCCAACUUGGAACGAGUGGAGUAUCUCUUCCUCAUAAUUUUUACCGUGGAAGCAUUUUUAAAAGUAAUUGCCUACGGACUUCUCUUCCACCCCAACGCUUACCUCCGCAACGGCUGGAAUUUACUAGAUUUUAUAAUCGUGGUUGUAGGGCUUUUUAGUGCAAUUUUAGAACAAGCAACCAAAGCUGAUGGGGCCAAUGCUCUAGGAGGAAAAGGAGCUGGAUUCGAUGUGAAGGCACUGAGGGCUUUCCGUGUGCUUCGUCCCCUGCGGCUGGUGUCUGGAGUCCCAAGUCUCCAGGUGGUCCUGAACUCCAUCAUCAAGGCCAUGGUGCCUCUGCUGCACAUCGCCCUGCUUGUGCUCUUCGUCAUCAUCAUUUACGCCAUUAUUGGCCUGGAGCUCUUUAUGGGAAAGAUGCACAAGACCUGCUACAACCAGGAAGGCAUAAUAGAUGUACCAGCAGAAGAGGACCCUUCCCCUUGUGCUUUGGAGACAGGCCACGGGCGACAGUGUCAGAACGGGACCGUGUGCAAGCCCGGGUGGGAUGGGCCCAAGCAUGGCAUCACCAACUUCGACAACUUCGCCUUCGCUAUGCUGACAGUGUUCCAGUGCAUCACCAUGGAGGGCUGGACAGAUGUGCUGUACUGGAUGCAAGACGCUAUGGGCUAUGAGUUGCCCUGGGUGUAUUUUGUCAGUCUGGUCAUCUUUGGAUCCUUUUUCGUUCUAAAUCUGGUUCUCGGUGUUUUGAGCGGAGAGUUUUCCAAAGAGAGGGAGAAGGCCAAAGCCCGGGGGGAUUUCCAGAAGCUUCGAGAGAAGCAGCAGCUGGAAGAAGAUCUCAAAGGCUACCUGGACUGGAUCACGCAGGCAGAAGACAUCGACCCCGAGAACGAGGACGAGGGCAUGGACGAGGAGAAGCCCCGCAACAUGAGCAUGCCCACGAGUGAGACCGAGUCCGUCAACACUGAAAAUGUGGCUGGAGGUGACAUCGAGGGCGAAAACUGUGGAGCCAGGCUUGCGCACUGGAUCUCCAAGUCCAAGUUCAGCCGCUACUGGCGCAGGUGGAACAGGUUCUGCAGGAGGAAGUGCCGCGCGGCCGUUAAAUCCGACAUCUUCUACUGGCUCGUGAUCUUCCUGGUGUUCCUCAACACGCUCACCAUUGCUUCCGAGCAUUACAACCAGCCCCACUGGCUCACAGAAGUGCAAGACACAGCCAAUAAGGCCCUCCUGGCCCUUUUCACUGCGGAAAUGCUUCUGAAGAUGUACAGCCUGGGUCUGCAGGCCUACUUUGUAUCCCUCUUCAACCGCUUUGACUGUUUCAUCGUGUGUGGGGGCAUCCUGGAGACCAUCCUGGUGGAGACCAAGAUCAUGUCACCCCUGGGCAUCUCUGUGCUGAGAUGUGUGCGGUUGCUCAGGAUCUUCAAGAUCACCAGGUACUGGAACUCCCUGAGCAACCUGGUGGCCUCCCUGCUGAACUCGGUGCGCUCCAUCGCCUCCCUGCUGCUGCUCCUCUUCCUCUUCAUCAUCAUCUUCUCCCUCCUGGGCAUGCAGCUGUUUGGAGGGAAGUUCAACUUCGAUGAAAUGCAGACACGAAGGAGCACGUUUGAUAACUUCCCGCAGUCUCUCCUCACCGUGUUUCAGAUCCUGACCGGGGAGGACUGGAAUUCGGUGAUGUAUGAUGGGAUCAUGGCUUAUGGCGGCCCCUCUUUUCCAGGGAUGUUAGUCUGUAUUUACUUCAUCAUCCUCUUCAUCUGUGGAAAUUAUAUCCUACUGAAUGUGUUCUUGGCCAUUGCGGUGGACAACCUGGCUGACGCUGAGAGCCUGACCUCUGCCCAAAAGGAAGAAGAAGAAGAGAAGGAGAGAAAGAAGCUAGCCAGGACUGCCAGCCCAGAAAAGAAACAGGAGGUGAUGGAGAAGCCAGCCGUGGAGGAGACCAAAGAGGAGAAAAUUGAGCUGAAGUCCAUUACUGCAGAUGGAGAGUCGCCGCCCACUACCAAGAUCAACAUGGAUGACCUCCAGCCCAGUGAAAAUGAGGAUAAGAGUCCACAUUCCAACCCAGACACUGCAGGGGAAGAAGAUGAGGAGGAGCCUGAGAUGCCUGUGGGGCCACGCCCCCGGCCCCUGUCUGAGCUGCACCUUAAGGAAAAGGCAGUGCCCAUGCCGGAAGCCAGCGCGUUUUUCAUCUUCAGCCCAAACAACAGGUUCCGCCUGCAGUGCCACCGCAUUGUCAACGACACGAUCUUCACCAACCUCAUCCUCUUCUUCAUUCUGCUCAGCAGCAUCUCUCUGGCUGCUGAGGACCCCGUCCAGCACACCUCCUUCAGGAACCAUAUCCUAGGCAAUGCAGACUAUGUCUUCACUAGUAUCUUUACAUUAGAAAUUAUCCUUAAGAUGACUGCUUACGGGGCCUUCCUGCACAAAGGCUCUUUCUGCCGAAACUACUUCAACAUCCUGGACCUGCUGGUGGUUAGCGUGUCCCUCAUCUCCUUUGGCAUCCAGUCCAGCGCAAUCAACGUUGUGAAGAUUUUACGAGUGCUGCGAGUCCUCAGGCCCCUCAGGGCCAUCAACAGGGCCAAGGGGCUAAAGCACGUGGUUCAGUGUGUGUUCGUUGCCAUCCGGACCAUCGGGAACAUUGUCAUUGUCACCACUCUGCUGCAGUUCAUGUUCGCCUGCAUUGGAGUUCAGCUUUUCAAGGGAAAGCUCUAUACCUGUUCUGAUAGUUCCAAACAGACAGAGGCAGAAUGCAAGGGUAACUAUAUCACAUACAAAGACGGAGAGGUUGACCAUCCCAUUAUCCAGCCUCGAAGCUGGGAGAAUAGCAAGUUUGACUUUGACAAUGUUCUGGCAGCCAUGAUGGCCCUGUUCACCGUCUCCACCUUUGAGGGGUGGCCAGAGCUGCUGUACCGCUCCAUCGACUCCCACACAGAAGACAAGGGCCCCAUCUACAACUACCGAGUGGAGAUCUCCAUCUUCUUCAUCAUCUACAUCAUCAUCAUCGCCUUCUUCAUGAUGAACAUCUUCGUGGGUUUCGUCAUUGUCACCUUCCAGGAGCAGGGGGAACAAGAGUAUAAGAACUGUGAGCUGGACAAGAACCAGAGACAAUGUGUGGAAUAUGCCCUUAAAGCCCGACCCUUGCGAAGGUAUAUCCCCAAGAACCAACACCAGUACAAAGUGUGGUACGUGGUCAACUCUACCUACUUCGAGUACCUGAUGUUCGUCCUUAUCCUGCUCAACACCAUCUGCUUGGCCAUGCAGCAUUAUGGUCAGAGCUGCCUCUUCAAAAUCGCCAUGAACAUACUCAACAUGCUUUUCACUGGCCUCUUCACGGUGGAGAUGAUCCUGAAGCUCAUUGCCUUCAAACCCAAGGGUUACUUUAGUGAUCCCUGGAAUGUUUUUGACUUCCUCAUCGUGAUUGGGAGCAUAAUUGAUGUCAUUCUCAGUGAAACUAAUAGUGCAGAGGAGAACUCCCGCAUCUCCAUCACCUUCUUCCGCCUCUUCCGGGUCAUGCGCCUGGUGAAGCUGCUGAGCCGUGGGGAAGGCAUCCGGACCCUGCUGUGGACCUUCAUCAAGUCAUUCCAGGCCCUGCCCUAUGUGGCCCUUUUGAUCGUGAUGCUCUUCUUUAUCUAUGCGGUGAUUGGGAUGCAGGUGUUUGGGAAGAUCGCCCUGAAUGACACCACAGAGAUCAAUCGGAACAACAACUUCCAGACUUUUCCCCAGGCCGUGUUGCUGCUCUUCAGGUGUGCCACCGGGGAGGCCUGGCAGGAUAUCAUGCUGGCCUGUAUGCCAGGCAAGAAGUGCGCCCCAGAGUCUGAGCCCAGCAACAGCACGGAAGGGGAGACCCCCUGCGGCAGCAGCUUUGCCGUCUUCUACUUCAUCAGCUUCUACAUGCUCUGUGCCUUCCUGAUCAUCAACCUCUUCGUAGCUGUUAUCAUGGACAACUUUGACUACCUGACAAGGGAUUGGUCAAUCCUUGGUCCCCAUCAUCUGGAUGAAUUCAAGAGAAUAUGGGCCGAGUAUGACCCUGAAGCCAAGGGUCGGAUCAAACACUUGGAUGUGGUGACCCUCCUCCGUCGAAUUCAGCCUCCUUUGGGUUUUGGGAAGUUGUGUCCCCACCGUGUGGCCUGCAAACGCCUGGUGUCCAUGAACAUGCCUCUGAACAGCGAUGGGACAGUCAUGUUCAACGCUACGCUCUUUGCCCUAGUCAGGACAGCCUUGAGGAUCAAAACAGAAGGGAACCUAGAACAAGCCAAUGAGGAGCUGCGGGCCAUCAUCAAGAAAAUCUGGAAGAGGACCAGCAUGAAGCUGUUGGACCAGGUGGUGCCCCCCGCGGGUGAUGAUGAGGUCACAGUAGGCAAGUUUUACGCCACCUUCCUGAUCCAAGAGUACUUCCGAAAAUUCAAGAAGCGAAAAGAGCAAGGGCUGGUGGGCAAGCCGUCACAGAGGAACGCACUGUCUCUGCAGGCUGGCUUACGCACGUUGCAUGACAUUGGUCCUGAGAUCCGGCGUGCCAUCUCUGGGGACCUGACGGCUGAAGAGGAGUUGGACAAGGCUAUGAAGGAGGCUGUGUCUGCUGCCUCCGAAGAUGACAUCUUCAGGAGGGCAGGAGGCCUGUUUGGCAACCAUGUCACCUACUACCAAAGUGACAGCCGGAGCAACUUUCCUCAGACCUUCACGACCCAGCGCCCACUGCACAUCAACAAGACGGGAAACAACCAAGGUGACACCGAGUCACCGUCCCACGAGAAGCUGGUGGACUCUACUUUCACCCCCAGCAGCUACUCCUCCACGGGCUCCAAUGCUAACAUCAACAACGCCAACAACACCGCCCUGGGCCGCUUCCCCCACCCCACUGGCUACUCAAGCACCGUCAGCACUGUGGAGGGCCAUGGGCCUCCCUUGUCCCCCGCUGUCCGGGUACACGAGGCAGCAUGGAAGCUCAGCUCUAAGAGGGGCCACUCCCGUGCAAGCCAGGGGGCCACCGUGAGUCAGGAGAUGUUUCCAGAUGAGACCUGCAGUGUGAGGAUGGGGGAAGACGCUGAGUACUGCAGUGAGCCCAGCCUGCUCUCCACAGAUAUACUCUCCUACCAGGACGAUGAAAACCGACAACUGACAUCUCCAGAGGAGGACAAGAGGGAGCUCCGGCAGUCUCCAAAGAGGGGUUUCCUUCGCUCGGCCUCUCUAGGUCGAAGGGCCUCCUUCCAUCUGGAGUGUCUAAAGCGACAAAAGGAUCAAGGAGGAGACAUCUCUCAGAAGACAGCCUUGCCCUUGCAUCUGGUCCAUCAUCAGGCAUUGGCAGUGGCAGGCUUGAGCCCCCUCCUGCAGAGAAGCCAUUCUCCUACCACAUUCCCCAGGCCAUGCCCCACACCCCCUGUCACUCCAGGCAGCCGGGGCAGGCCCCUACAGCCCAUCCCCACCCUACGGCUGGAGGGGGCCGAGUCCAGCGAGAAACUCAACAGCAGCUUCCCAUCCAUCCACUGCAGCUCCUGGUCAGAGGAGAGCCCGGCCUGUAGUGGGGGCAGCAGCAUGGCCCGGAGAGCCCGGCCUGUCUCCCUCAUGGUGCCCAGCCAGGCUGGAGCUCCGGGGAGACAGUUCCACGGCAGCGCCAGCAGCCUGGUAGAGGCGGUCUUGAUUUCCGAAGGACUGGGACAGUUUGCCCAAGAUCCCAAGUUCAUCGAGGUCACCACCCAGGAGCUGGCUGACGCCUGCGACAUGACAAUAGAGGAGAUGGAGAAUGCCGCAGACAACAUCCUCAGCGGGGGCGCCCAGCAGAGCCCCAACGGCACCCUCUUACCUUUUGUGAACUGCAGGGACCCGGGGCAGGACAGGGCUGCGGUCCCAGAGGACGAGAGCUGCGCAUACGCCCUGGGGCGAGGCCGGAGCGAGGAGGCGCUCCCGGACAGCAGGGCCUACGUCAGCAACCUGUAGUCCUCGGGGCCGGCGAGACGCGGGUGUUUUUGGGUUUUUUUGUUUUGUUUUGUUUUGUUUUUUUGUUUUUUAUUCGUUUCAAUGUUCCUAAUGGGUUCGUUUCAGAAGUGCCUCACUGUUCUCGUGACCUGGAGGUAACCGGAACAGCGUCUCCAUUCACUGCUGUCGGGACAAGCCUCAGAGCUGGGCGGUGUGCGGAGUCGGCUUUUCAGGGGAGAGAAGGCCAAGGCCGCGGUGCGGGGCUCCAGCACCUCCCCGCGGCAGCACCGCCCAAAGGACCCCACCCCCCUGAGCGAAAGGGUGUUUUCCCCCCUUGCUUGUAUAAACAGACAUUUGCACUCGUUCUGUCUGAGCCUGGCCGUCUCUGUGGAGCAGGGCCCCAGGGAUCUAUGGCGGGAACGGGCCAGCGCCCCCUGCAGGGGCCGGGGAGGCGGCUGCAAGGUUCCCAGCGCUGCAGGUCUGGGCCCUUCAGGAUCCUUCCCCUGCAGGAGCCGGGAUGCAGGUGGCGGGAGCCGGCGCAGACCACACUGCAGGCCCUCGGCUAGCCCGGCCGGGGGCGCAGGGGCUGCCCAGUGCUCUGGGUUUCAUGCUUUGGUGGUUCCCGUCAGCAUGUUGAUGCGGUUUUCCUGGGUUGUUGGUCUCUUUAUUAUUGUUUGUCAUGCUUUCCCCACAGGGAGGGGAGGAAGAAGAGCGUUUACAACUGCGCAGCCUCACUCACUGUUUCCACAUUUGCGUAUUUAAGUCGGAUUUGGUUUUUUAUUUGUUUUUAACCGGUGCGGUUCCCCCAACCACCAUCCACGGAGCGAGGGUUCAGUAGCACCUUAGGGGGUUUUUACCUGCUCUGUGUCUGCCCAUUAACGUGUUACAAUUUCCUUAAGAGCAACUUUUUUCUUUCUUUCUUUCUGGUGUGGUCGAUCAUCACAAAUCCGCAGGUUAACCAGCAAUCGGAUGAGGUGUUGUGCGCCUGGGCGGUUGAGUUGGGCUCCUUUCUAUGCUGGGCGUACGGGUAGGUUCAGGAGAGAAGAAAUAUGGGCAUCUUUGUGUCACACUUGUGUCCAUAGUGGGUCGUCUGUGCGUACGUGCGCCCACGUGUGUGUGCGCAAUCCACCCCACUCUCACCCCUAUCCCACCCCACCCCUCACCCCUCCAUCCCCCCCGCACAAAAGUCCAUAGAUCCCGGUUUGGGUUUGACUGCAGGGAGUUCUGAAUCUGGGGCUAUUCGAAAGCAAAAAAACAAAACAGAAAAAAAAAAAAAAUCACUGUCUCUGCUUCUGCUUCUGAAACGAGAAUCGGUAACUGCAUUUUCUGUCCCACGAGAUAUGCAAAAGCAAUGCAAUAAUAUCCAUUUUAAAAUACGAUUGUGAGUUGUGUCCGCAUUAAAAGUCUAUUUUAAAAAAAAAAAACACGAAAUUUAAGGGAAAAACUCAAGAAGACAUUUUGCUUCGAUAUAUUCUGUGUAAUGUUUUAUUGCAUUGAUGAUGUUUCUGUUGAAGAAACUGUUAUACUUGAAUUCAGGUCAGUUUCAGUAUUUUUCAAAUAUUUUUUUAAAACUGAAUUGCAAUUGUGCCAAGCAAAUAUAAUGACUUAAGUUUUGUUUCAAAAUCCACUUCUUGUAUAUUUUGCUGCAUGUAAAGUAAAUCAUUUUGUAUUUGGAGUGUGACAAGCUUUACCUUCGAGCUCUUAAGUGCUUUUUCUAUAUGUGGUCGGGGGAAGAGAUGGUUUUUCUUUAGUUUGAGAAGUGGACAAAGAUCUGCAAUGUAAGUCCUCACUCUGCUCUCCGCAGGCAGGUCUGGGAGGUACCGUUUGGCAUACCUUGUGUUUUGGUUCCGUAAUCCCUCAGUCUUUCCAAAACACGGUGGUAAGACUGUCCAUGCCGCAUCUUGCUUUGUGAGAUCAGGACAUGUUUCAUCCAGGUCUUCACUUGCUGCCUUCUGCUGUUCUCUGUGGAUACUGAUCCAAAAUGCUCCAGCAUCCUGUGCAUCUCAACUGAGAGGAUGAGGUGACCUCAGAUGUCAGCCGGGGGCAGUGGUGGGACAGGUUGACCUUUGAUAAAUGAUUUACCCAAACACAAAGAGCCAUAGUUGAGGCUGGAGAAUAGUGACUGGAUGGAACUGUAGUCCUACAGAAGCUACACAUCCUUUCCUUCUUCUGAAGCAGGAAGGCGGAAAAGCCGGGCAUCUUGACUAGAAUCUCACAGGGCUGAAAGGAACAGAUGUGUGGGGCUUUUGUUUAGGCUCCUUUGGAUCUGCCAUCAGCAACCCUUAUAAUUAGUGCCAGAUCCUUCGAUUGUGUCUUAAUAAGAAUGGUUGAACAAGAAGGGCUUUGGGGAAAAUAAGACUCAACCAUUCACCCAGAAUUUACCUAUGGGGUAUCUUCCAUUCCCAGUGUCCUUCAAGCCUUUUUUUUUGGGGGGGGGGAGAGUAUGUGAGAAUCUACUAGAAAUUCCAGCAGGGAUGUCCCUCAGUGAAGAUGAAUCUGCUCUCUUAUAGGCUGUUUCAUGAAAAUGUAGAGAAAGGCUCCUAAUGUUUGCAGGUUAACCAGUCUAGAAACAGCAUUUCUCCUUGGAUUUCCAUGUGCUGUAUCCUUAUGUAUCCUUUGUAGCACCCAUGAGGGUUUCUAGAGAUAAUGAUGAGAUAGCAUCCUUUGUCUUAUUUCUACAAGGUUCUGUGGCCGUGUUGAUGAGACUUGAGUGUUGAGCCCUUCUGACUGGCUGUCUGGUUCUCAUAUACAUCUGACCCCUAUGCAAAUAUGAUGUUUGGUUGAUCCUACACACAAGCAUCCUUACUCUGCUUACUCGGUCUCCUCUAGCUACCUUCUGCUUUCCUUUAGAUUCAUUGAUUUGCACUGCCAGAGUCCAUUGACAAGUGGCAUAAGCUACAGGCUGAGUUCCUGCAGCUCCUGCCAGGACUCUGCCCGUUGUGGUUCCCCAACCCAUCCUCCCUAGACCAGUCCUACCCACUGGCUGCCUUGUUCUUUAUGGCCAAGAAGACCAGAGUAGCCUUUCACUCAUACUUGACACCCUGCAAGAACGGCAUCAUCAGGGACAAUGGGCCCCUUACCCUUGGUUACCCUUUAAAACUUGGCUUCAUGACCACCUGAAUAAGACUGACACCAGGACAGCGGGGCACAGGGCAUAGGAAAGCCUGUGAACAUCUACACCAGACUAGCUCCUCUCCUCUCAGUGUGGACUCUUCCCAGUGACUGUUUUGAACAUAAUUCUCAAAGCUUCUGCAAUCCUGACAGUCCCUGAAUAGCAGAGGGAUUAGCCCAAAGCUGGGGACCAAAGGGACAUGAAGAGGUGCUCUCACCUGUCCUAUGACUAGCUCUGUGUCUUUUUGUUUCCGAUCUUUCCAUGUGUGUGGCCAUAGUGUACAAAGUCCAGUUAAGUUCCUUCCUGCCUGGUCCUCAUUCACGUCUCCAGGUUAAAAGAGAGAGACUUUGGUUAGGCCUUGUUUGAACUAUAAGAUUUUCCUCUAUUAGUUGUGGUUCCCACCUUCUUACCCUGACUAGAAAUCCAAGGCCCAACUGUGUCUUUUAUCCUCCUCUGGCACAUUGGUUGCAAAUUCUGGGUACUUGUACAAAGAGAUGAUUUGUGUUCCUUUCUCAGUCUUCUCAACCAUCUAGAGCUCCAGACAAACCCAGCUGAACACAGCAGGCUGCCCUUCCUUUGCUGAAGUCAGCACAUUUCUGGAAGACCCUGGAAGUCAAUAGAAGGAAGGUGGCUGCUGUGUAGACGCCAAGUGACACACUCCUACUGCUCUUAAAUGCAGGCCAAGAGAGCAAGCAUCCAGGUCAAGGAUGGAGUAAAAUCUGCUAGUCAGGGUUUUUAGCCUGGUCAUACCACUUUUCAAAUGUGUCCAAGGAUGGCCCCUCCUUCCUGGGACCCACCUUGGGGGGCUGAAAUGUUCUCAUUCAGUAGCUAGAAUGGAGCAAGGAACUGAGGAAGGAGUGUCUGGAUUUCAGAAGAGAUACCCAGAGCCCAGGGAAGUUGGAAAUGGCUGUUAAGUGUUCUGGCUGAUUCUGUUCUUCUACGGAGCCCUGGCUCUGAAGCAGGUCUUAGCCCAGAGAAAAGUAGAGGGGUAUAGGGAUGAGGAAAGGGCAUGUCUUGAUCUCCUCUGUGUCAUCGUAUGGAAAGCAGCUCCUUGUCUGGUCACCUUGAUGACAGCCCCAGCAAAGACUGAUGGCUCCAUAAUCUGCCUAGAAGUUAUGGGGAAAAAAAAAUUCUACCCUAGGUGUUUUUCUAUCCAAAUUAGCCUAGCUAGAGAGCUGUGGUCCUUACCCGGCCACAGAUGCCCCUCCACUGCAUCUGCCAAAGAAUUUGCCAAUGGAAAGUAGUUGGGGGAGCUUGGGUCCCACUCACCAAAGUCCAUGCUCUGCAGCAGCUGCCAUGGACACAGGCAUCCUGAAAGGCUGUGAGGGGGAAAGCAUCUUGCUUAUGACGUCAGUAACAGCCUUUCACCUCCCUAAGCCUUUCACCGUUCUUCCUCCUCUCUUUCUCCUCUCUUCUUCCUCCCCUUCUCUUUUUACCUUUCCUCCUCCUCUUCUUCCUCUACAAGCCCAGUGAAAUAAACAGAGGUGAAAGGAGCCCUUUGCCGAUUCUUACAGUGUUUUGUGUGCCAUAUUGUCACCUUGUCAGGGAGACAGUUGAAACACACAUACACUUACAAGGCACAGUGAUGUGGUGAUGGCCACAGAGUGAUUUUUUUUUUUUCUUCAGAAGGGGAUGGCUGUGAUAGGCACGUUUAACCUGUUCAACCUGUGGCUGUGUAUCCCAGAACAGCGAUGAAUGUGGCCCAGCACGUUUAGCAAUGAUGUCGUAUUAUAACAGACAUCUUUGAAGAGGGACAUGUGGGAAAAACUAGGACAAUUUCCACAGGUAGAAAUGGUAUCAGUAUUCUUCACCUACAGUGAGGAAAUGCUAUCACUCUUGAACUCACCCUUUCCCUCCAACCAUCUUAAGAGGUUUGAUCCGCAUAAUAUAUGAUAAAAACCCUGGUCUUCUUGGUAUGUUAGGAAAACCUGUUAACCUGACUCUAAAAGGGAGCUGGAGAAUAUAGCUGGACAUAUCAAGCAUUGCAGACCAAUCUGAUACUGUGAGUACGGUCUGAAUUGAGGUUUUUGUGUUACAUUUCUCAUAGGUCUUCGGAAGACAAGGCCAGGUAAAACACAAUGAAAAUGUAAAUGUCAUCUGACCAGAACCAAACUGUCUCAGAUGCUCACUGCUUUAGAGGUGUAAACUCCUUAUCCCCAUGGGAAAUCCUGUGUACUCCAGUUCUUCAGAAUCUAAAUUAUGAUGCUAUAAAGUCUACAGAAUAAGUGAUGCACCAUAUACUCCAGCAGAAAUGAGGCAAUGGUUGCAAACUUGCCACCUAAAAAUUUCCUUCUGCACCACUUAGAAGGGUCAUUACAGAGACAGUUUGGGAAAGCAGAGGGUAUAGGGAUCGGGAAAGUUUUUUUUCUUCCCCCUCCCCCUUUUUUUUGGAGCAAUGUGAAGGUACUGGGGGUUGAACCAAGGGCCUUGUGCAUGCUAGGCAAAUGCUUUAGCUUUUAUUUUGAGAUGCUCUCUGCCUCCUAGGACUUCCCAGCAUGGAGAACUACAUGAAAGUGAAAAGCAGGGGAGAACCAUUGGGAAUUGAGGACAGAUGACUUGUAAUCGAGCAGUCCCUGCAGAGGACCCCUUAGAAGGCGGUGGCGUGACCCACAAGCUACAUGCACCUUUCUGUUCUGCACACAGCAUACAUCCACAGCUCCGUCCUGUCCCUUCGACUCAAAAUCCACCUCUCAGCUUUGCUACCAGAACACAUACCAAUCUAUCCUACCCUGCUUGGACACAUGCUAUUGGCCCACUGCCCUGAGCACAGCAUGGAUGACACAGAAACAACUGGGUUUAACACACCUCUGUGAUGACAGCAGUUAAGAACGACCUGUGGGAAAAGAAAGUCAUUGAGAAAUAGGGUGGCGGGUCCCCAGGAGUGAGCGCUGCGAUGUCUGCUACCCUCAUAAUACUGCCACUCUACAUAAACCUGCCAGUGUUAUUAAGGGAAACUUCCCUCCAGGUAAAGGGUCCAUAUGAAGCCUCUCCCUCCCACACUCUCCAUUGUCUCUACUCGGCCCGCUCUUAUGUCCCCAAGAAAACCUGUGCCACGUGCCGCGCCUGUUCCCAGAGAGGCAUGGAGAGAUGAACAGGCUUCUGUGCCACUCAUACACACCUGCCCACCCCACACCUGCACCUCCAGGCUCCACGACACCACAGUCUGACUACUGUAAACACUGUUGUACAGUUUGUAAUCAUCAACUAAUCCUGUUGUCAAAGGCCCUGCCUGCUGCGCCUUCUCCCCCCUCGAGCAAGGCCAGGGAAUCUAGAAGGGAGAGCCUUCAAGGAGAGCUUCAGGGUCCAUCUCUGUGUGAGACGUUACUGUAUAUUCCUGUAAGAUUGCAUUUUUAUCUAAGGAAUGAUGUUAUUUAAAAAACAAACAAAAACGCAAAAAAGAAUUGCAAAUAAAUUUCUUAACAAUGUC